AAUUUGGGGGGUAAAAACGCAAGAAUCUUACCUCAAUCGGAGGAUACGUGAUUAACGAGGUUGAUGUACAAGAUGUGGCGGUAAUCCGACUUCUUGUUCCAGACAGGCAGACAGCAAUCGAAGAGAGAGAGAGAGAGGAGAGAGAGGAUAAUUGUCGGAGGGUGACGACGAACGAAUGAUGGCGGAACGCGGUGGUGGCAGAGGAGGAGGUUGUUGCCCGCCGAUGGAUCUGCUGCGGUCGGAGCCGAUGCACCUCGUUCAAGUCAUCAUCCCCAUCGAGUCCGCUCACCAGACCGUCGCUUACCUUGGCGACCUUGGCCUCAUCCAAUUCAAAGACCUGAAUGCGGAUAAGAGUCCAUUCCAGCGAACAUAUGCCACUCAGAUAAAAAGAUGUGCAGAGAUGGCGCGGAAAUUGCGAUUUUUCAGGGAACAGAUGUCUAAGGCUGGUUUGUUACCUUCAGCCAAAUCUUUGUCGCGAGCUGAUAUAGAUAUGGAUGACUUGGAGGUAAAACUUGGAGAACUCGAAGCUGAGCUGAUUGAGUUAAAUGGAAAUGGAGAAAAGUUGCAGCGUACCUACAAUGAACUUGUAGAAUAUAAGCUUGUUCUAGAGAAGGCUGGUGAGUUUUUCCACUCAGCACUAAGCACUGCUCAGCAGAUAGAAUUUCGAUCACAGCAGACUGGUGAAGAGUCGUUAGACACUCCUUUGCUAAUGGAGCAAGAAAUGACAACGGAUUCAUCCAAGCAAGUUAAGUUGGGGUUUCUCACUGGACUUGUUCCUAGGGAUAAAUCCAUGGCUUUUGAACGGAUUAUAUUUCGUGCUACAAGGGGUAAUGUGUUCCUGAAGCAAGCUGUACUUGAGGACCCUGUCAUCGAUCCUGUGUCAGGAGCGAAGGUUGAGAAAAAUGUAUUUCUGGUUUUCUACUCUGGUGAGAAAGCGAAGAACAAAAUUAUUAAAAUAUGUGAAGCCUUUGGUGCAAAUCGUUACCCUUUGCCAGAGGAGCUGGGCAAACAAGUCCUGAUGGUCACCGAGGUCUCAGGAAGACUCUCAGAACUGAAGACUACAAUAGACGCUGGCGCGCAGCUUCGCCGCAAUUUGUUACAAACAAUUGCUGAACAAUAUGAACAGUGGAAUCUUUUGGUGAUGAGGGAAAAAUCCAUUUACCACACUCUAAAUAUGCUAAGUAUUGAUGUGACGAAGAAGUGUCUCGUGGCAGAAGGAUGGAGUCCUGUUUUUGCAACAAAGCAGAUUCAGGAUGCAUUGCAGCGGGCAACAUUUGAUUCCAAUUCACAAGUUGGCGCCAUUUUCCAGAUUUUGCGCACAAAAGAGUCGCCACCUACAUAUUUUCGGACAAACAAAUUCACUUCUUCGUUUCAGGAGAUUGUUGAUGCAUAUGGGGUGGCAAAGUACAGAGAAGCAAAUCCUGCUGUAUUUACUAUUGUCACAUUCCCAUUUCUUUUCGCAGUCAUGUUUGGUGACUGGGGACAUGGUAUAUGCUUGUUACUUGGGGCAAUGUAUUUCAUAAUCAGGGAAAGGAAACUCUCCAGUCAGAAGCUUGGAGACAUUGCAGAAAUGACCUUUGGAGGUCGGUAUAUUAUUAUGAUGAUGGCACUCUUUUCAAUAUACACAGGCUUGGUCUAUAAUGAAUUCUUCUCGGUCCCAUUCGAGCUAUUUGGUCGUUCAGCCUAUGUGUGCCGCGAUCUUUCUUGCAGGGAUGCUACUACUGCAGGCUUAAUUAAGGUGGGUGACACCUACCCAUUUGGCGUGGAUCCUGUCUGGCAUGGUUCCCGCAGUGAAUUGCCGUUCCUCAAUUCGUUAAAGAUGAAAAUGUCAAUACUUUUGGGUGUAGCCCAAAUGAACCUUGGAAUCCUAUUGAGUUAUUUCAACGCCAAAUUCUUCCGUAGUAGUCUGAAUAUCUGGUUCCAAUUUGUGCCUCAGAUGAUAUUCUUAAAUAGCUUGUUUGGCUACCUUUCCCUCCUUAUCAUUAUAAAAUGGUGCACCGGAUCGAAAGCUGAUUUAUACCACGUAAUGAUAUAUAUGUUCCUGAGUCCCACCGAUGAUCUCGGCGAAAACCAGCUUUUUGUUGGCCAGAGAAAUGUCCAGCUUGUGCUACUACUGCUGGCCCUUGUUGCUGUUCCAUGGAUGUUGUUCCCCAAGCCUCUUAUUUUGAAGAAACAACACCAAAAUAGGCACCAGGGUCAGUCCUACAUGCCACUUCAUGGCACAGAAGAUACCUUACAGUUAGACGCAGCUCAUGAUUCCCAUGCUCACGAGGAAUUUGAUUUUAGUGAAGUGUUUGUGCAUCAACUUAUACAUACCAUAGAGUUUGUACUUGGAGCAGUCUCAAAUACAGCUUCGUAUCUUCGUCUGUGGGCCCUCAGCCUUGCCCAUUCAGAGUUGUCCAGCGUAUUCUACGAGAAGGUUCUUCUUCUUUCUUUGGGGUACAACAACGUACUAAUCCUUGUCGUGGGCAUCAUUGUUUUCAUUUUUGCCACCGUCGGGGUGCUGUUGGUGAUGGAAACUCUCAGUGCAUUCCUCCAUGCUUUACGACUUCACUGGGUGGAGUUCCAAAACAAGUUUUAUGAGGGAGACGGCUACAAGUUUCAUCCAUUCUCAUUUUCUUUACUCGGUGACGAGGAAGAGUAGAAGAAAACCCUGGCUGUUGAAACAGAGCUUCAGAGUGUGCAUAUUUUAUGAGCUUCAUUGAUUCGUUCAUUCAGAGGAAUAUGCGUAGAGAAUCGAUGGCAAUCUACCUUAUUAGCAGGGGAUCGUUUCCCUGGCAUUUGUUCGGGAUCGUUUCCCUGGCAUUUGUUACUUAUUUAUCCCCAAUAAGCAGUCUCUCCUUGUGAGGCCUGCAGCUAUGUAUGGUGACAAUCAUGUGUAAUGAUAAGUUAUUGUAUUUGCUUUGUUUUCCUUUUCUCAAAUAUUGCUUGUAUUUUGGUGGUUGGCUUGGGUGGCUGUGUUGGUGAAAGUUCAUUUUAAUCGCUUUUCAUUGA